AUGUCGGAAGGAGAUGAAGAGAAACCUCCCGAAGAGGGAGGAGAAGAAGAAGGAGGCAGCCGCGGCUCUGUGGGACAAUACAGCGAGGGCAGCCGGUCACUGUCAGUAGACAUAGAGUUGCUGAGUCACGAGCUGAGAGAACUGAAAGACUUCAUAGGUGUCCAGUACGAAAGGUUAUUCGUAGCAGCGAAGCAGCGACACAUAGAAGACCUUCCCAAAGCUCUCCAAUUAGCUGAAGAGAAAGAUCAGUUUUUGGAUAGGCUUGAGAAUCCUGACCUUAUUGCUCUGUUAAAACAAACUUUUAAAAGAGCUGAAAGGGGCUCCUUCGCUCCACGCCAAUUUCAAAAACGAACCGAUUAUCUAGAUAUACUAAAAGCUGACAGUGCUAAAUUUGAAAGGUAUUUGAGCGAAAUUGGUGAAGCAGUUGCGAGCAUAGAUGACGUUAUAAAUGAACGAGGAGAAGAAACGCCGGAAGAGCUAAUUAAGUACAAAGAAAUUCUUGAGGAAAGAGCCGAAAAACUUAACUCUGUGAAUAACUUAUUAAUGAGGUAUUUAAUCCAGGAAUCUUGCUUGGAUAGUUACAUAGCUGAAUUAGACCUUGCGCGUGCAUAUGCGUUUGUGAAGGAACAGAGUAAUCACAUUGCGAAGCUAAUGGAGUACGUCGACCUGCAACGAAAGCAUAUGGAUCCUGAGAGCCCAGCGUUUGGUGAAUGGUCAGGCAUUGGCACGGAAAAGGAACCUCUCGAUAAUAAAGUAGAGGAACGAUUAAAGACCGUAGGCGAAUUGGAAACUCAGUACGCUAAUCAAGAGGAAGACGAAAAGGAUCCAAACUUAGUACGGCUUAUAAGAAAGAAUAUGGAAGAACUUCUUCGCAAACAAUCUGUAUACAUACAAAAGCUUAGAAACUGCAUCGAGGCUCAGGCCCCAUAUGUGUACGAAGAUGAUGAGAUUCCAGAUACUACUGAGAUCGCUGCAGAGGGUACCUACAUUUCAAAAUACGUUGAAGAAUGGCUUAUGUUCAAUGGAAUGGAAUCAAAUAAUCCAUCAAAAGAAGACGGUGAACUUGAACUACUAAAGCGCCUAAAAGAAGAGCUCGAGGGAUUUAUUGAGGACCUGAAAAGUGAACUAGAAGAAAUGGAAGAAGAAGCAUCGGAAGAGGAAGAAAGUAGGGAAGGUCUUGUGGAAUGGCUGACAAAUAACGAAAGUAAAAAGGAAUAUUUAGAGAAAAUGGUUCAAGAAUUGUCUGAUGAACUAAAUACGCUCGACAAAAACAUACAGGCUGUGGAAAGAAGAGCCAUAUAUGGCGAUAAGAAAGCUCUUGGUCCGAAGAAAAGCAGACGGAUGCCCAAAAUGUCUGAACUGGGGAGUGUGGAGUCUCUGGACAUGCCUGACACAGUGGCAGAACUGAAGGACUUCUGCAAAGAUCUAGUUCAGAAGUACAAUUGUCUGUUUAAAGUAUACACGAUGCGAAUGAAUUUGAAUGAUGAGAAGAGGCGACAAGAGCAACUGCGAGAGAAAAUAAACAAAGUUAUAGACUCAAAACAUGCACGAAAGCGUGGCAUGUAA